AUGUUGGCCAACCCAGAGGAAAACAUAUGCAGCGUCUCAGCGCUGGCCACACAAUUGGGCAAUCAAAUCUCGGUGCACAUGCUCAAUUAUCUCAGCACCACCAAAGAUCUCCCGAACGGAUUUCGGGAGUUGUCUCAUAUCUUUCUCGACACCUGUCGCAUGUUAUGGGCCAUUGAGGCCGGCGUGACCGAACUAUCCGCGGCCAAUCGCGCCCUACCAGAUGUCAUAAUUGAAGAGGUAGAAAAGAAAUUUGUGGCCACCUAUCGUGACUUCCAACAACUGGAUAAGAUCAUUUUGAAGCUUGUUCAGUAUGAACAUCGUGGAACACUGGGCAAGCUGCAGCGAGGGUGGCACCGGCCAAGCCAUGAACUCAAUCGCAUUUGCGAGUCCCUCAAGAAGACCACCGAAACCCUUCAUAUCAGUGGCAUGGCCUUUCACUGGUCGCUCGGAGACGCACACCCGGAGGAGUCGGUAGGAAUUGGCUACGCUGGCUUAGCGGCAGCGCUCGAUCGCGUGUCCAAGGGCCGCUCCGUGAUGGGAAUCAAUAAGGCCAAGUCUUUCGACCCUGAGGGAUCCGCAUCGAUCCAAAGCCAAACGCCUGAUUCAAGGCGCUCAACGCCAUCCGUGCGCCCGAAAGGAUCAUUUAUUGGCUCCCGAUCAUUUACCGGCUCCCGAUUCAAUCCAAGCAUUCGGGAAGAACCUAAAACGAUGGCGGAUGACGAAUCCUCCGUCCUAUCCCUGAACGAGUUCCUGGACUAUCAGCCUCGUGAGGCCGUGAAAAUGCCCUAUUUCGAUCGCCGAGCACUGCCGCGCCAAAUGGACCAAACAGACUCCACAGCCUCUCCCGAGGAGAUGAGCCUCCGCAAUGACAGCUAUUCGGAUUACGAUGCCCCCAGUGCCAAGCUAACGCCAACUCUGCCGGCGCACGGCGUCGGUAUCAAAGAUGAGACGCGCGAUGGCACAACGUUACUGAUCGAAGCGAUUCGCAAGCGAUCAACGCCGCAAGUCAUCGAAACGCUGAUCAAUUCCGGUUGCGACCCCAAUCGCAAAGACGACCACGGCAAGACAGCGCUUUGCGAAGCCGUGAAAAGCGAUCAACCAUCUAUCGUGAGCGCCCUAAUAAAUAAAGACGCGAAUCCAAACCUCCCAGGACCCGAGCACGUCCUCUGGUCCGCCAUCUACCGCCCAGCCUGCCUGCGCAUCCUGCUCGCACGCGGCGCCGACAUCAAAAAGACCCCCGGUCUGAUGGAGCAAGCGACAAGUGUCAACAAUAUCGAUGCCGUGCGCAUCCUGCUGCAGGCGAGUAUGGACCCGAAUUCCAAAAAGGAUGGAAUCUACACACCACUCUGCUCCGCCAUCCGCGAUGACCGCCCAGAUAUCUUUGCCUUGCUCCUCCAUCACGGAGCUGACCCUAAUUUGAUGGCAUCCGAGUACCCAGCGUGGAAGUGCAUCACCCACAAACGCCUCCAUUUUCUCCCAGACUUGGUGGCCGCCGGCGCAGAUCUCCAUAAACCGCCGGGCAUUGUGGAGUGCGCCGUGCAGGAAAACAACACGGAGGCCCUACACUGGCUGGUGGGCCAAGGAAGCGCCAAUCCCAACGACCGCAACGACAAUGGCCACACAGCCGUGACAACAGCCAUUCAGAAGAACCGUCCAGAAAUGCUGGAAUGGUUAUUGGCAAAUGGUGCCGACCCUAACCUACGCGGCAAAGACUGGCCCAUAUACAUGGCAACUCAAUCACCGAGCAUGCUACGACUGAUUCUACCUCGCAUAACCGAUCUCUCAACGCACAAGGGUGUCAUGGAAAAAGCAGUACAAGCAAAUCAACUCGAAAGCGUCAAAUUACUCAUCGCAGCUGGUGCUAGUGUCGAGUGGAAGAACGGCGGUGUUUUCUCCCCGCUGACAACAGCACUACGUGAGAACCACUGGAUCAUUGUGCGCUAUCUCCUGGACGCUGGCGCCGACCCCAAUGCACCUGGUGAGCAUUUGCCACUCGUCAAAGCGAUUCGACGAUGUGACAAUGGGGACUUUGCCAUGAUUGAGUUACUUCUCGAGCGGGGCGCUGAUCCGAAUAAAUGCUACCGCGACUGGAAUGCGAUCAUGCAGGCUAUUGAAAACCGCGAUGUUCGAUUAUUGCGGCUUUUAAUUGAGAAGGGUGGGUUGGUUGACCUUACUCAGAAAGAUGAUACCGGCACAACGGUGUUAGAUAUGGCUAAUGCUUUUGGCUGGCUAGAAGGUGCUGACCUUCUGUUGAACAAUGCUCGUCAGUAA